AUCCAAUUUCCUCUCUUUUUUCUGUCAAGUGGUCGCUUACGGGAGGUUAAAAACAAAAGAAAAUUUCAAACUUUUGGCUGUAUAAUUGGUCGCGGUCGCUCACCAGAGGUGGUGGCUUAAAAGAGGUUCCAAAUAUAGUGAUUUCUGAACAACCUAAAUAAACAGUGAUUGACAAAAGGUAAAGCAUAAGCUGUAAGAAAAGUUGUUGUAUCAGCACGUUUAAAGCGGAACAUAAAUCAUCCUUCAGUUGCUAACAAAAAAGAAAAACAAAGAAGAAACGUCUUUUCCUACGACUUGACGCAGCUUUUGUUACCCAUAUAUAAUGCUAGACUAAUGGAAGGGUAUUAAUAUUAUUUGUUUGCAUAUCAUGUACUUUGCGUACUUUGUUCAUCGGUGAAAUUGCAAACAGACGUUAAUUAAUUAAUAUGAAAUGAGAUACUAAUUAAAACACAAAGAAAGGAAUAAACUAAACUAUUUACCCAUGACUUAUGCCCAACUGGUAAACGAGUAGUCGCUAUAACAUGGGUAUAUGUGACCUCUCACGCGAAAACGUAUACUAACGGAUAUCCGUUAAGCGGUCAAAACAAACGGCUAACGAACGGGUGAGAAACAGAUGUUCCAGCCGUUUAAAACGGUUUCAAAUACCGUUCGAACGGCCAUGGAAAAAUUUCGAACGGAUUCUGUAAACGUUCGAACGGCAAAGGAAAAAUUCUGAACAGAUGAUGCCAGCCGUUCGAACGGCUAACGAAAACUUUUGAACGGAUGACGCCAGCUGUUCGAACUGCUAAAGAAAUAUUUCCAACGGAUGAUGCCAGCCUCCCGAACUGCUGAAGAAAACUAAAUUGGAACGGAUGAUGCCAGGCGUUCGAACGGCCGGAGAAAAUGGUUCGUAUUGAACGACUGGUUAUGAACGGCUCAGCGGCUAAAUGUGGGAAAUUUGGUUGUUUUGUGAGAGGUCAAUUAAAUAGAACAGGCUAAGAGCAUUGAGGGUUAGAGGAAUCUCAAGUUACGGUUAGAGUUCUCGCCACUGAGAAUCUGGAUGGAAAUAAUUCCUUUGUGCAUAUCGGCUAUUCCCAUAGGAUAAGUGAAGGGAAUGCCUAGAAAUUACAGCGCCCAAAAAGGGGCUAGUCAGCCACUCGCCCUUGAAAAUUCCUGUGUCCGCCCCCGAAUUAUCAACAUCACUUACUACAGAGUGGUAGAAUUGGUCGAUCAGUAUGUAACUGCUGAAGAAUGCUGAAAACUAUCAAUUGUUGAUAUUGUGUGACAUAGGUAAAAGGGUUUAUUCAGCUUGGUAGCAGGAACAGAAACGGCGGCGUUUUGUUUAUUUACUUUUUUUAAAUUGUGCUUCAACCUUGGGGGAAAAAACAGGAAAAAUUAAUUCAGAACGCAAAGGUAAAUUUUAUUCGUUCGUGGUUGUGGAAAAAUGUUUGCAACAUCUUAGUUGAGCUGACAUAUUUUAAUGAAUAAACAUUACUUGUGGGCACAAUUUAAUUUGGCGUAAAAAGGUAUAUCUCGAUGGAAAAUUCGUAAGGUCAAAGCAUCACGAACACAAAAUGUUAAGAUAUUUCAAGUGAUAUAUUCAUUUCUUUUUCUUUAUCAUCUCAGUACGCUGAAUAGUAGAAGGAAUAAAGUGUAUACUAUUAGUUGAGGAAACGAAAAUCCUUUACAUUAACAGUAAAAACCCAAAAGCGCACGCAUAUUAUGAAUUAGGAUGUUUUAACGCCCUGAAAGUCACUAGUCAAUCAGGCGCCAUGUAUAAUUAUUUUAAAAUUUCUUUAAGUAUAUAUGCGGCCUUCAAAACUUAUAUUUUCAGUAGCUGUCUCAACUUUAGGCUAGAAAGUAGAUGAUUUUAGAAAACUGAGAUUUUAUAAGAGGAAAUGUGUUGGGACUGCUCGAGAGUUGUACAUGUCCGUUUGUCUGCUGUGAACUUACCCAUCCCUGCCCCUGAGGAUGAUAUGCUUCAGUGAAUAUGAUCACAGAAUAAGUAUGCAAAGGCAUGCUUUUCGCAAUAGACGUACGUCUGCUCGAAGAUUGAUCGAUAUUGCAUGCAGUGAUAUCACUAAACGUAAUUAAUUUCCACCGCCUUAAUCAAUAGUGAUCACUCUUCGUUGGCGUGUGGCAACAACAAGACAAGAUGCAAGCUCUAGUCCUUGUUAUGUUAGAUUUACUUCCCUGCUUGCUUGCUUCUCAAGAAAUGCAUUGGAGGUACGGAAAAACUGUGUAUGAUCAUGGAACUGCCAUUUGCGGUCCAGUAGACUGGAAAAAUGUUUCGGCACACUGUGUCGAGAACACCCAGUCCCCUGUCAACAUUAAAACCGACAAGAAUUCCAUGCAUAUGUUUCCUUAUCUGGAUGGGUUCCACUUCAUUGUUGAUAACAUGGUGGGAAGCGUCAGUGGCGUUCUUGUCAACAAUGGGCAUGCGCCAACCUUAAUUGUUGACCAAUCCAAAACUCCCGCCAUACUUACCGGGGGUCCCUGGGCAAACAAAGUGUAUAUGCUUAAGCAACUUCACUUUCAUUUCGGUUGUGAUGCCUCCAAAGGGUCAGAACACACUGUGGACGGCAGAGUAUACUCUGGAGAGGAUAAUGGUGGUGACGAAUCGAAUUGGGAGCAGUUAACGGACGCAAUGAAGAAGAUAACCAAGGCAGAUUCCAUUACCAAGGUCCCAAUGUACUACAUCAAACUGUACCAUAUGGUUCCCCAACUGCGAGAUUUAUCCAGGGCAUCAUUCUACACUUACAAGGGAUCUCUGACAACUCCUCCAUGCUACCAGUCAGUUAAAUGGAUUGUGCUAGAAAAUCCAGUUUCCACUAGCAGAGAAGUGAUGACUGCGAUGAGAAGUCUCAAAAAUCACGAGGGCCACUCCCUGUGUGACAACUUUAGACCUACGCAGCCGUUGAAUGGACGCCUUCUGGCCAAACACUCGCGAUACUGAGCUUGCCAGCCAUCGCAACAAGUGCCUGCGUCAACUGUUAUCGCAGUCAAUUAUUGUUUAGUUGUAGUUUAGCUAUAUUUUGUAAACUUCUUGUCUUACAUAUACUGAUGCGACAACGAGAAGUGGUUCCACAGUAAAAAAUAUUUAUUCUCGGCAUCUUAGUGUGUGUCUCACGGCUAGAAAAACCACAGCCUGUGAAUAAGCUCUCUCUCUGGUCUAGAAUUGGGCGAAGAGAAAGCGGGAGGGAAACGGAGAACAAGGAGAGGGGGGGGGGGGUGGAGAGAGAUGAGGGGAGACGCCCCAUCCCCCAACACAAGCCCUCUCGGCCACUUCACUCUGAACCAGUUCCUUCUCAGCCCUUUUAGCCGUGGUCAGAACCUUCUAGCGGCCGGGAGCCUGUUCACAGGCUAAAAUACCACAGUCUGUACAUGGAUGUAUUCAGCAUGUUUUGUAAAGUCGGGCGCUAGUCCGUUUGGUAUGGCACAGGUCCCGCAGUGUAAAUAGUUUUUUACUGCUGAAUAAAUUUUUUACAUUAUUUGUUA